AUGGGUUUGAAAAGUUACCUGCACAGGGAACCCACCCGCCCAAAACUGGUGGAGAUUAGAUCAUCCAAAUGGUUCAUUAUCUUUACUGUUUCUUUUGCCGCGGCAACGGAUUAUUUUAUGUAUGGCCUGAUCGUGCCUGUUACACCAACGGCUUUGCAGCGCAGAGUUGGUGUUCCUGAAGACCAGGUUCAAUCAUGGACUUCAAUUCUGUUGGCCUUAUACUCAGCAGCAACGCUAGCAUUUUCUCCUAUUGUGGGUUACUUAGCAGACCGGACAGAAUCUCGCCGAUGGCCCCUUCUCUUCGGAUUAGUGGCACUGGGCGCUGCAACAGCGUUGUUAUGCGUCGGAACAAGUAUCGGUCUAUGGGUCGCGGGUCGAUUGUGUCAGGGCGCUGCUUCCGCCGUUGUAUGGACUGUGGGAAUCGCCUUGCUAGUGGAUACUGUGGGUAAGGAUGGAUUUGGACAAGCAGUUGGAUAUGUGUCAAUGGCCUUGAGUAUGGGUACUGUGGCAGGUCCGUUGCUAGGUGGUGUACUAUAUCAGCAUGGUGGAUACUAUUCUGUCUUUGGACUGGCAUUCGGGUUAAUUGGCAUUGAUAUCUUCCUUCGGGUAGUGUUGAUCGAGCAGAAGCAUGCUAUCAAGUGGCUUGCCCCGGAGAUGAGGCCCCUGUCGCCAACCCGAGAGAAGGCCGAGGAAGGUGCAGCGAUCGAUUCUGCCGUCCCAGCUAUCGAUACUCCGUCAAUCGACGAUCAAAAGAAGCUGAAACGCUCUCGCCAUCCUCUGAGACAGAUUGCGGCCCUAUUGAGCACACCUCGUCUCGCGAUUGCGCUUUGGGGAUACUUCAUUGUAUCUUUGGUUCUGACAUCGUUCGACAGCGUCCUUCCUAUCUUCGUCGAGAAUACCUUUGGCUGGCAGCAAACAGGCCAAGGACUUAUCUUCUUCGCGAUCAUGCUUCCUCACCUCGUCGACCCCAUUACCGGGAUGAUAAUUGACCGAUACCCAAAGUCGCCUCGCUAUAUUGUAUCUGGUGCAUUUGUCUGUGCUGUCCCAGUAUCGGUGCUUCUGAGGGUCGUGACAAAUGAUACUUUGCAUGACAAAGUUGUUCUUUGUGUAUUGCUUGCGCUGCUGGGUCUGUGCAUUGCUCUCUCCAUGACUCCGCUUGCAGCUGAAGUGUUUUACGCUGUCAAUGAAAAAGAGUCCGAGUCCCCGGAUAGCUUUGGCCGAGGAGGUGCGAUGGCUUUGGCUUUUGGGUUGACAAACAUGAGCUUUGCAGCGGGUAACCUUAUCGGACCUUUCUUUGCCGGAUAUAUUCGCCAAAGUGCUGGCUGGGGCACCAUGGGAUGGGCAAUGGGCUUGAUCACUGGAGUUUCGUCCGUUCCAGUGUUGCUUUUCAUGGGUGGUUGGAUUCUGAGAAAGCCAGUCAACAAUAAUGACCAAGAAGGCUCAGGAUGA